UUAGAAACCUACCACGUGAUUUGUAAAGAGCAUUUUAAUGAAUGAGCUGAUAACACUUUAACUAAUAUUAUCUCUUGGCUGUCAGUGUAUGAGUGUUAUUCCCGUGCGGUGUCAGCAGAGAGCAGCAAGUCCCUCUCUGUCUUCUUCAUGUGAUUCUGAUCUGUCACAGUGGUUGACAGGGGGAGCAGGCUGGCAAGCUGGUGCACUUCUUGGGAUUGUUAUUCACUUGAUAACAUGUCUCUGUACCGAAAUGCUAUCUGGUUUUUGAAUGGACUCCAUCAGUAUACAAGGAAGGGAUAUGAGACAGCAUUUAAAGACUUUGUGCCCCGAGACCUGGAGGUGUCCAUUGUGGGAAGGACUUUUAUGAUCACCGGAGCCAACAGUGGGAUUGGCAGGGCAACAGCCAUGGCUAUAGCCAAGAAAGGUGGGAUAGUCCACAUGGUGUGUAGGAACAAAGAUAAAGCAGAAGAAGCAAAGGUGGACAUUGUCAGUGAGUCUGGGAACAUGGAGGUAUACAUCCAUAUUGUGGACAUGUCAGAGAUACGCAAAGUGUGGGAGUUUGCAGAGGCCUUCAAGAAGCAGUAUCCAUCUUUAAAUGUGUUGAUAAACAACGCAGGGUGUAUGAUGCACAAGAGGGAGGUGAAUGCUGAGGGCCUGGAGAUGAACUUUGCCACCAACACUAUGGGGAUGUAUAUACUCACCCAGAGUCUUAUACCACUUCUACAGAAGAGCCGGGAUCCAAGGGUGAUCACUGUGUCCUCAGGAGGCAUGCUGGUCCAGAAACUCAGAGUUGAUGACUUGCAGUCAGAGAAGGGCUACUUUGAUGGUGUUAUGGUCUACGCCCAGAAUAAGAGACAGCAGGUGGUGCUGACACAACAGUGGGCCACAGCUAACCCAGUCAUCCACUUCUCUGCAAUGCAUCCAGGCUGGGUAGAUACACCAGCUGUUUCUACAUCAAUGCCUCAGUUCCACCAGAUGAUGGGGGAGAGGCUGCGCAGUGUCGAGCAAGGAGCCGACACUGUUCUGUGGCUGGCCUCGUCUAGAGCUGCUACCAGAACACACAGCGGGCAGUUCUUUGAAGAUCGCACUCCUGUUCCUGCCCACCUGCCUCUGGCCUGGACCAACAGUUCUGCAGAAGAGAUUCAGAGUUUCAUGACUCAGCUGGAGACUUUGGCCAAAGACAUUCAGCAACAAACUAAUGUAGAGCUGAACAGUCCUUCCAGACAUCAAUUUGUAUGAAUUCUGAUACAAAUGUUACACCAUAUACCCAUUAAAGCAUAAGAAUCAAUUUCUGAAAAAAAAAAAAAAAAGAAACAUGUCAUGUUUGUCUAACGUAUCUCCUAAUUCUUCAGCCAUAUUUUCAUGACAGUGCAUAACUCAG